AUGCAGUGUGUGUGGGACGCAGUGGACCUCAUGGAGCUAAAAGAAGGGAUGAACGGGUCUGGUGUGAGCCACCCGACCGCGGGAUGGUGUGAGAACGGCACGGAGGAAGCGCUGGAGGCGGGGAAGCUCGCGCUCGGUAUCGGCGCGGAUAACGUGGUCGCCCUGCUCGCGUUCGCGCUCAUCUUCGCGCUGGGCGUGUUGGGCAACUCGGUGGUGAUCGCGGUGCUGGCGCGCAGACGUCCCGGAGCGCCGCGCGGCACCACCAACAUCUUCAUCCUGAACCUGAGCGUGGCCGACCUCUCCUACCUGCUCUUCUGCGUGCCCUUCCAGGCCACCGUGUACGUGCUGCCCACCUGGGUGCUGGGCGCCUUCCUCUGCAAGUUCACGCACUACUUCUUCACCGUCUCCAUGCUCGUCAGCAUAUUCACGCUCUCCGCCAUGUCCGUGGACCGAUACGUCGCCAUCGUGCACUCGCGCAGGUGCUCCGGGGUGCGCGUGGCCCGACACGCCGUGUGCGCCAUCGCCGUGAUCUGGGUGCUGUCUCUGGCCAUGGCGGCGCCCGUGGCGCACCACCAGAACAUCAUCAGGCGCGAGGAGAACGCCACGUACUGCUGGGAGCUGUGGGCGAGCGCGCGGGACCGCAAAAUAUACGUGGUGUGCACGUUCGUGUUCGGCUACGUGCUGCCGCUGCUGCUCAUCUGCUUCUGCUACGCCAGCGUUUUAAACCACUUGCACAAAAAGCUGAAGAACAUGUCCAAAAAAUCUGAGGCCUCUAAGAGGAAGACGGCACAGACAGUGUUGGUGGUCGUGGUGGUGUUCUGCCUCUCCUGGCUCCCUCAUCACAUCGUCCAUCUGUGGGUGGAGUUCGGCUCGUUCCCUUUGAACCAAGCGUCUUUCAUGUUCCGUGUCAUUGCGCAUUGCCUGGCCUACAGCAACUCCUCCGUCAACCCCAUCAUCUACGCUUUUCUCUCUGAAAAUUUCCGGAAGGCGUAUAAGCAAGUGUUCAAGUGCCAGAGUAACAAGGGAUCUCCAUCCAACGAUGUUAAGGGAAUACGCAGCAAAGCCGAGACACCGCCGAUCACCAACUGCACCAGUGUCUAACACAUACAUGUCGUACGCAUUUUAUUUUCUGAACAUAAAAAAAAACUGACCUGGGCUGAGGACCAUAGAAGAUGGUUAAAUGGCUAUAUAUGUUUAUAAAACCUCCUUUAUGCAGAGUAUUGAGUGUACAGUCUUUGCCCUAACCUUGUUGUGAUUUUUUCCCCCCAGCUUUGUUUCUAUGUCAAUAUCCAACUUGUAAAGACGAGCCAUUACGUUUACAGCAUGAUAGAAAACUCCUGGUGGAUGAGCCAGGAACAAGCAAAAGAACAGUGAGCAUUGUGAAGGGCACUUUGGUAUUUUGUCCGGACAUGAAAUAGAGAAAAUGAGAGCACUGGUGCUGACUUGAAGAUCUGAAUCUCGACCUUUGUAGAGAUUUGUAUUGGAGAUCCCUGCAGGAAAUAUAAUUUGCGCAGUGGGGAAACUGUGCUCUUUUCGAAGCCUCGUCAUGAACAUUAGACAUCGGCAGCUUGAACUCCUGCUUGUCCUCAACGUGUCCAGUCUUUCCAUCAGAGA